UUCUUGUUCACCACUCGUUUUAUUCCGUAGUAUUGAAGAUACCAGUUUGGAAUGAUCAGCACUUUUGUCCAGUCGGGAUCGGGUACAGUGCCCAGUGCAUGACAGCUUCAUGCAAAGGAAAAAAAAUCGAUGAUUCAAUUGAAUUUAAAGAGAAUUUAAUUCCCAUUUAAAAUUUAGAUUUCAUUAUCAAGAAUUAAUUUAGAGGAGCAGUUAAUCGUCAUGUGCAAUCGAUAUAAAUUUGCCAGUUUUUUUGUGUCCGUGAGUAUCUUACAAGUGAUACCCAUGGGGAUGUGUCAGAGAACGACCCUGGACAAUCCUUUUUCCAUUCAGCUGUAUCGGAGUCUCAAAGAUUUGGCGUUCGGCUUCAUCGGUAGGUCUAGUAGUUCGAAUGCCCAAGGAAGGCACUUCCGAGGAGUCGAGGAGCAAGAUCGCACUCAGUAUAAAAUUCCUGAUUCUCUCCCAUUCCCCUGCAAUAAGACAGGUGGACGGUCGAGGACAGUGCCGUCGUCAGUGCAUAGAUUGAGACCCGGUGAUAUCGAUGUGAUUGCUGCGAUGGGUGAUUCCCUCACCGCGGGCUUCGGACUUUAUGCGAAUAAUAUUUUCGAUCUUUUUAUCGAAAAUCGGGGGAGUUCGGCAUUUGGAGGGGGACAAGGAACUUGGCGGGAUACUCUGACGCUUCCUAAUAUCCUCAAGGAAUUCAAUGGGAAUCUCUUUGGGUUCGCAACGAGGGAUGCCUGGAGUCAUCACCCUGAGUCUCAAUUCAACGUUGCGGAGAGUACCUCGAUGUCGAGAGACAUGCCCUACAUGGCUAAAAGCCUGAUAAGCCGAAUGAGGAGUGAUCCUCGGGUAGACAUGACGAAUCACUGGAAGUUAGUGUCAAUUUUUAUCGGAGCCAACGAUAUCUGUUCAGACAUAUGUUACAACCCUUCGGCGUGGGCCUCUCUAGACAAUCACAAAGCCGACAUGUUGACGACCCUACGCCUCCUCAAGGAUAAUCUACCCCGAACGCUGGUCUCGAUAGUCCCAGUGCCGGAUAUCAAGACCCUCGUGGAAAUGAAGGGUAGAUCAAAACUCUGUCGGAUAACGACAGACAUAGAAUGCUCCUGUGGCUUCGGGUUGAGAUUCCGACAUCGUAGGCAGGAGUUCUUUGAGAUAAACCGAAGAUGGAUAGACCUGGACGAGGCGAUCGGAACCUACCCCGAAUUCCAGACCAAAGACUUUGCGGUUGUUGUUCAACCGAUUACUGGGAAUGCGCAAUUUCCAACUUUACCGGAUGGACGCACUGAUUUUCGGUACCUCUCAGCCGACUGUUUCCACUUGAGUCAAAUAGCUAAUGCACGAACCGCGUUCUCCAUUUGGAGGGAUUUGCUAGAACCUGUUGACCAGAAGACACGUUCUUGGGAUGAACUUGACCCAGACCUUGGAAAUUUCCCCUGUCCCACUAGGGAAAGACCGUUUAUCGCCACGUCGGGCAACAGUUAACACAUUUCU